GCCGUGAGAGAAAGAUCGGUGGAAUGGAUGCGAUAAUUCAAUUGGUAAAACAAAGAACCGUAAACGCUUCGACAAGUAUUUUUGGGUAUAAGUACAUUAGAAAAAUAAACCUGGCACAUUCGCGCGCGCGCGAAUAAUAACUUAAAGAAGUGGUCGCGGUGCCUAUUUAAACUCUUCAUAAAUGUAACCAGACCCCAGUUGAUGCUCGGCAUCCAAAUUUUGUCGCAAAAGAGAUUCGAUCCCGUUCUUUUCACAUUAGCUUUCAAUACAAGGAGUUGAGAACUUCCGAAUAUGUCAGUGGUUCCUCUAAUGUUUAGAGACUGGUGGGAUGACCUGGACCGCCCUACCUCCCGGCUGAUCGAUCAGCACUUUGGCAGCGGCUUAGACCGCGAGGACCUUAUUUCAGGUGUGUCAAGUCUGAGCCUCCAGGGCCGGCCUAGGUCAAUUAUCGGGAAUGCCGGAUACUACAGACCCUGGAGAAAUGUCGUAAGGCAAAAUUCUGGAGGCGCUAGUACCGUGCAAGCAGACAAGGACAAAUUUCAGGUGAUACUGGACGUGCAGCAAUUCGCCCCUGAGGAAAUCACAGUGAAGACAAUCGACAAUAAUGUUAUUGUCGAGGCAAAACACGAGGAAAAGCAGGAUGAGCACGGCUACAUCAGCCGACACUUUGUAAGACGAUAUCUCCUGCCGUCAACCCACAAAGUCUCAGAUGUCACCUCGAGUCUGUCCUCCGAUGGAGUCCUCACAAUAACCGCACCCAAAAAGUCACUGACAGCACCUGGUACGGAAAGAGUGGUAAACAUCAUUAAGACCGGUCUACCUGCAGUCAAGGCUGAAGACCAGCAAAAAAAAAGUUAAAUCAUAACUACAUGUAUAAAAGGAAAUAGAAUUGAAAAUUGUGAAAACACAUAAAAUCUCAUACCUGCGGCUCGACGAACCGCCGUUAGGCUGUCGUCGCAUAAUUCACAUUUUCAUAUGACUUUCGCACGUUGUCGGCAAUCGUUUUACUAAAAAUAAUAAGUUUCAAUUAAGUGAGAAA